CCCUAAAGUGUAUGGUGAAGAGUCAAGAGGACCGUUAUCUGGACGUUGAUGGUCAUUCCACACCUGUGCUUGCAGAAGUGGCAAUGAUGCUUAGGUUGAUGAAUGCGCCGCGAUGUCCAAACAUCAUCAGAUUACACGACUGGGUUGAGCUUGAGAACAACUUUGUUCUCAUUCUGGAGUACGCAGAGUCAUGCCAGACCUUGCAUCAGUACAUCAGAGACACAGUGGACAUUGAAGAAAACCAAGCACGGCGGUUAAUGCGGCAGUUGAUCCGAGCUGUAAUGUUCUGCGCUGAGCGUGGAGUUUUCCAUGGUGAUAUACACACGGCGAACAUCCUGGUGACUCAACCCCGAUUAGAGCUCAAAUUGAUCGACUUUGGUUGUGCUCAGCCAAUAACCCACAAGCCUUUUAAUAGAAGUGACUAUCGAGGAGCUGGAAAUUGCAUGCCACCUGAGGCUUUAAGGUGUCGUGUAUUCCAUGCUAACCCCGCAUACGUCUGGACACUUGGCAUCACGCUGUAUGAAAUAAUGCAUGGACGAUUGGCCUUUAAUAACAGACAGUCAAUCAUGUUUGGCUCCAUUCAGAUACACCCCAGGUUAUCCACAGCAUGCGUGGACCUGAUUUCCCAGUGUUUGAUCCGUAAUCCAGUGAAACGGCUACAGUUACAUCAGGUUGAAGAGCACUGCUGGUUCAAUCCAACGACCCCAAAUCCUGUGAAGCAGUUAGGCAAGAGGAGAAAAAACUAAAGAAGCGAGGAGGAGGAGAGCACCAUUUCCAGACAUUUCACAAGACUGUUAAAGUUGAUAAUUACUCCCUCAUGUCAUUCCAAACCCCUAAGACCUUACUUUUCUUCAGUGUCAGUUCAUGACGUGUGUUGAUGAGAGCUCUGUCCUGCACUGUAUGUGUGUCGCACUGCUGAUGUUUACCUCGGAUGUUCCCAUGCUUUGUUUAAAUCAGAGGAAGUCGAGCAGGCCUCUGGGUUAAACAUCAGCAGUGCGCAGGAUUAAGAACACACUGGACCCUGGGGCUAUAGCAAAUCCAAGGGCCCCCCUUUUAUAU